AUGGAUAAUCAAGCAAAGAGUAGUGGUGCUUCCUCUUUUACUAGUGCUAUGAAUCUUGACCAACAAGGAGUGUCUUCUAUUCCUCAACGCUAUGUUCUACCCCCUUCACAACGCCCAAACAUCAUUCAUCAUGAUGAACAUGUUCUUCCUCUCCCUAUAAUAGACUUGUCUGAUUUUCAUGAUCAAUCUCGUAGAUAUCAAAUUAUCAACGAAAUCAGAAAUGCUUGCAAGGAGUUUGGUUUCUUUCAGGUUAUUAACCAUGGAAUUGAUCAAUCAGCAAUAAAUGAAGCCCUAAAAGCUGCAGAGGAGUUUUUCAACCUCCCUCAUGAGGAAAAGAUGUGUUUGUUUUCUGAUGAUGUUCAUAAGCCUGUAAGAUAUGGAACAAGCCUUAAUCAUGCUAGGGAUGAAGUUUUUUGUUGGAGAGAUUUCAUCAAACAUUAUUCUCAUCCCCUAUCGGAUUGGCUUCAUUUGUGGCCUUCAAAUCCACCAAGUUAUAGGAAGAACAUGGGAAAUUAUGCUGAGGCAGUGCAAGAUCUUCAAACCAAACUAAUGGAGAUGAUUUUUGAGAGCCUAGGGUUAAACCCUAGCUACCUUGAAGAAGAAGUUAAUGGUGGAUCUCAACUCCUAGCUGUGAAUUGCUACCCAGCAUGCCCUGAACCCGAACUAACCCUAGGGAUCCACCCUCAUUCCGAUUAUGGAUCAAUAACUGUUCUACUCCAAACUCGAUCCGGGCUCGAAUUCAAGAACAAAAACAAUAAUUGGGAAGCAGUUCCUUUAGUUGAAGGUGGCCUAGUAGUGCAAUUGGGUGAUCAAAUGGAAGUAUUGAGCAAUGGAGUUUACAAGAGUGUGAUUCACCGAGCAACAGUGAAUGUGGAUAAGAAGAGGUUUUCAAUUGUGAGUCUUCAUAGUUUUGCAAUGGACAAGAAGAUAGGGCCAGCAAAAGAGCUUGUUGAUGAUGAUCAUCAUCAAUUACCAAAGUGUUACAAUGAAUUCAGCUUCAGUGAGUUUCUUCAUUUCAUUUCCAACAAUGAUAUUACAAAAGAAAGGUUCCUAGACACUUUGAAGAUCAUGAAAUAAUUAAACCAUAUAUAGAUUUUGGUAUGUAUGUUCUUUUUUUUGAGUUUGUUUGUGAUUUCAGAUUUUGGAGAUAAUGAAAGGAUUUGAAGAGUAAUUAAAAUACAUUCAAAUCACUUAAUAAGUUUUUCUAUCCUUUCAUUAUUUCUCCUUCUAAAUAUAUCUGAACUUGCAAAUAUACUUUUAAGAUAGAUGCAAGGUUUUUUCAAAGAGCUAAUUCAAAAGCUGUUUGAUUAUAUAAAUAGGAACAUCCAUGCACCUUACCUAAUUGUUUGUUUAAGGAUUUUAGUACUAUACAUGGUAUAUGUAAGUGAAAUAAUUAUAAAGCAAUAAAAGAUAAGGUUCUUUGUCAA